AUAUAGAAGUUCCACAAGCCAAUUUUAAUUUUGUAUUUUUUUUUUCAUUUAUUUCAAUAUCAUGUAUUUAUUGAAUCUUAAAGGUUUACUAAAAAAACUAAAAUAAAAAAAUUCUAGUUAAAUAUAUAAAGACAGUGGUGUAAAUGCAGGGAAACUACACCGUCACUCUGGUCUGUAGGUGUGGUUGCUCGCCGCGCCCCCUGCCGGUGAUGACCGGCACCGCCUCCUCCUUCCUCCGUAAAGUCACGUGACAACAGCGGCAAGUAGCUGCAAACGGCGCUGACUGUGGGACUGCGCGAGCCUCAUCAUCAUCAUCAUCAUCACUAGCACCGCCACAACCACCGCAACGACAGCGUAGAGAGCCGACCGAGCAACCGGGGUCUUUACCGAUUCGAGGAGCCGGGCGCCAUGGCGGGCCUCCGUUAAGACGAGACCCAGAUUUAUCCUCUUUGUUCUCCCUCGACGCCUCGUAGUCUUUACGCGCCUCCGCCGGAGGGGCCGCCGAGUAGAAGCUCUCCCUUUCCGGGCGAAGGAGGAGGCAGGAGUAGCAACAGCAGCAGCGGCGGCGGCGGCGGAGGCGGCAGCAGUUGAACCGGGGAGGUGUUUUCUACGGUACAAGCCGAAUGGCGGACCGAGAGGCGUCGCCGAUACCGUUGGAGAUCCGAGCCCGGCUGGCGGAGCUGGAGCUGGAGCUGUCAGAGGGGGACAUCACUCAGAAGGGUUAUGAGAAGAAGAGGCACAAGCUGAUCAGGGCAUAUGUUCCACAUGCUGGAGGUAUGGAAGGGCCCAUGUCCCAUCGGGCCCCACUCGGCCCUCCCUCUGCUGCCCGUUUCCACCGGCGGCGAACCUCCGGCACGAGAGAUGAACGCUACCGCUCAGACGUCCACACCGAGGCGGUGCAGGCCGUGUUGGCGCGACAUGUGGAGAGGAAGGUGGCCGUGCCAAUGCCGUCCAAAAGACGCUCGCUGGUGGUGCAGACCUCCAUGGAUGCAUACACGCCUCCAGGCCUGUCGCCCCUGUGCUCAGACUCGUCGUCGGGCUCAGAGGAGGAGGCGGGGCCAGGUGACGACAUGUCGGGCAUGGAGCACUGGAUGAGCCGCCCUUCCCAAUUAGGCCCCGCCCACCUGGGCUCCACCUCCUCCUCGUCCUCGUCCACGCAGAGCGGAGGCAGCGGCAACGCCGGGCGGCUGGCCGACUCGCUGGCACACACGCACAUCUCGCACCUGGCACACACACACCUGGUGCACACACACCUGGGCCAGUUGCACCACCAGCAGAGCCACCUGUCACAGUCCCACCACGGUAUCGGCCACCUGUCUCUGAAGAGGAAGGGAGCUCUGAGCGUAGCAGAGAACGGAGGAUCUCUGCGACGAUCCUGUGAAUUUGGUUCUGACAUGCUGUGGCCACCGCCGCUCGAGUCAGACGAGAAUCACUCGACCCCCCCGGAUGUGACGGGCUACUCGUCGGACUCGUCCCACUCCCACACUGAGCGUCACCACAUGGCCAAUAUGGGAACCAUUGCCAGGAACACGCAGAAGUACGGCAACGCAGAGCGCAUGGAGACCGGCGAUGGUGUUCCAGUCAGCAGUCGCGUGUCCGCUAAAAUCCAGCAGCUUGUGAACACGCUGAAGCAGCCUCGCAGACCUCCACUACGAGAGUUCUUUGUCGAUGACUUUGAUGAACUUCUGGAGGUCCAGCAGCCGGACCCUAACCAGCCACGGCCGGAGGGGGCGGAGAUGAUGCCAGUGCGGGGAGAGGCGCUGGGGGUGGUCACCAACUGGCCCCCGUCCCUGGAGGCUGCGCUCCAACGCUGGGGAACCAUCUCCCCCAAAGCCCCCUGCCUCACCAGCCUGGACACAGCAGGGAAGCCCCUCUAUGUCCUCACAUAUGGAAAGCUGUGGUCUCGCAGCAUCAAGCUUGCCUACAACAUCCUCCACAAACUGGGCAGCAAGCAGGAGCCCAUGGUGCGACCGGGUGAUCGGGUGGCGUUGGUGUUUCCUAACAACGACCCUGUGGCCUUCAUGGUGGCCUUCUACGGCUGUCUGCUGGCUGAGGUGGUCCCUGUUCCUAUAGAGGUCCCCCUAAGUCGCAAGGAUGCCGGCAGUCAGCAGAUUGGAUUCCUGUUGGGCAGCUGUGGCGUUACCGUGGCGCUGACCAGUGACGCCUGCCAUAAGGGUCUGCCCAAGAGUGCAACAGGAGAGAUCCCACAGUUCAAAGGUUGGCCCAAGUUGCUGUGGUUUGUAACAGAGUCGAAGCACCUUUCCAAACCUCCCAGAGACUGGUUCCCUCACAUCAAAGAUGCAAACAACGACACCGCUUACAUAGAGUAUAAAACCUGUAAGGACGGCAGCGUGCUGGGAGUCACAGUGACGAGGAUCGCUCUGCUCACACACUGCCAGGCUCUCACCCAGUCCUGCAGCUACACUGAGGCGGAGACCAUAGUGAACGUUCUAGACUUUAAGAAGGAUGUGGGGCUGUGGCACGGCAUCCUGACGAGUGUGAUGAACAUGAUGCACGUCAUCAGCGUCCCCUACUCGCUGAUGAAGGUCAACCCUCUGUCAUGGAUCCAGAAAGUGUGCCAGUACAAAGCCAAGGUAGCGUGUGUGAAGUCCAGAGACAUGCACUGGGCUCUGGUGGCCCACAAAGACCAGAAGGACAUCAAUCUGAGCUCGCUGCGCAUGCUGCUGGUGGCCGACGGAUCAAACCCUUGGUCCAUCUCCUCCUGCGACGCCUUCCUCAACGUCUUUCAGACUAAAGGGCUGAGAGCCGACGUCAUCUGUCCCUGCGCCAGCUCCCCCGAGGCCCUGACAGUGGCCAUCAGGAGGCCGGUGGAGGACAGCAGCCAGCCUCCGGGUCGAGGCGUCCUGUCCAUGCAGGGUCUGACCUACGGGGUCGUCAGGGUCGACACAGAGGAACGCCUCUCUGUGCUCACCGUACAGGACGUUGGCACUGUCACACCAGGAGGCCUGGCGUGUGUGGUGAAACCAGAAGGCGUCCCUCAGCUCUGUCAGACAGAUGAGAUCGGUGAGCUCUGCGUCUGCUCCAUUGCCACUGGCACCUCCUACUACGGCCUCACCGGCAUGACCAAGAACACCUUUGAGGUUUACCCAGUGAGCUCCAGCGGGGGGCUGAUCAGCGAGUACGCCUUCGUGCGGACCGGCCUGCUGGGUUUCAUCGGCCCCGGCGGCCUCAUCUUCAUCACCGGCAAGAUGGACGGGCUCAUCAUGGUGAGCGGGCGGAGGCACAACGCCGACGACAUCGUUGCCACGGCGCUGGCGGUGGAGCCAAUGAAAUUUGUCUACAGGGGCAGGAUAGCGGUGUUCUCUGUGACGGUGCUGAGGGACGAGAGGAUCGUGGUGGUGGCCGAGCAGAGACCCGACUCCACAGAGGAGGACAGCUUCCAGUGGAUGAGCCGCGUGCUGCAGGCCAUUGACAGUAUCCAUGGGGUGGGUGUGUUCUGCCUGGCUCUGGUCCCGGCCAACACUCUGCCCAAGACUCCUCUGGGCGGCAUCCACUUGUCAGAGAUCAAGCAGCUGUACCUGGAGGGGGGGCUGCACCCCUGCAACGUCCUCAUGUGCCCCCACACCUGCGUCACCAACCUGCCCAAACCACGGCAGAAACAACCAGAGAUCGGACCUGCCUCUGUGAUGGUGGGGAAUCUGGUGUCGGGGAAGAGGAUCGCUCAGGCCAGUGGCAGAGAUUUGGGGCAGACUGACGACAACGACCAGUUCCUGUUCCUGUCGGAGGUUUUGCAGUGGAGAGCUCAGACCACACCAGACCACGUCCUCUAUACCCUGCUCAGCUCCCGGGGGGCGGUGUCCAGCUCCCUCACCUGCCUGCAGCUCCAUAAGAGGGCGGAGCGAGUGGCGGCUCUGCUGAUGGAGAGAGGAGGUCUGCAGGAAGGGGACCACGUCGCUCUGGUCUACCCACCAGGUAUAGACCUGAUUGCAGCCUUCUACGGCAGCCUGUACGCCGGCUGUGUUCCCAUCACGGUGCGGCCGCCUCACCCUCAGAACAUCUCCACCACCCUGCCCACCGUCAAGAUGAUCGUCGAGGUCAGUCACUCGGCCUGUGUGAUGACCACGGCGGUCAUCUGUAAGCUGCUGCGCUCUAAGGAGGCCACGGCCACUGUGGACAUCAGGAACUGGCCGCCUGUCCUCGACACUGAUGACCUGCCAAAGAAGAAGCCUCCAGCUCUCCAUAAGCCCACCAACCCUGACGGUCUGGCCUAUCUGGACUUCAGUGUGUCGACAACCGGGAUGCUGGCCGGAGUUCAGAUGUCCCAUAAUGCCGUUGGAGCCUUCUGUCGGUCAGUGAAGCUGCAGUGUGAGUUGUACCCGUCCAGAGAAGUGGCCAUCUGUCUGGAUCCCUACUGCGGCCUCGGCUUUGUCCUCUGGUGUCUCUGCAGUGUGUAUUCAGGCCACCAGUCCAUCCUGAUUCCCCCGGUGGAGCUGGAGUCCAACCCGGCGCUGUGGCUGCUGGCCGUCAGCCAGCUGAGGGUGCGAGACACCUUCUGCUCCUACAGCGUCAUGGAGCUCUGCACCAAAGGACUCGGCCUGCAGACCGAGGCGCUCAAGGCUCGGGGUCUGGAUCUGUCCCGGGUUCGGGCCUGUGUCGUGGUGGCGGAGGAGAGGCCCAGGAUGUCGCUCACACACUCCUUCUCUAAGCUCUUCAAAGACCUCGGCCUUCACCCGCGAUCUGUCAGCACGGCCUUCGGCUGCAGAGUGAACCUGGCCAUCUGCCUGCAGGGCACUUCGGGACCGGACCCCACUACUGUGUACGUGGACAUGAGAGCGCUGCGACAUGACAGGGUUCGGUUGGUGGAGAGAGGUUCUCCUCACAGUCUGCCAUUAAUGGAGUCUGGCAAGAUCCUACCCGGAGUUCGUAUCAUCAUCGCCAACCCAGAGACCAAAGGACCACUGGGAGACUCACACCUCGGAGAGAUCUGGGUGCACAGUGCUCAUAACGGCAGCGGUUACUACAGCGGUUACGGCGAGGAGGUUCUCCAGUCCGAUCACUUCAACUCCAGACUCAGUUUUGGAGACACCCAGACGGUCUGGGCCAGGACAGGCUACCUGGGCUUCCUCCGCCGCACCGAGCUCACCGACGCCAACGGGGAGAGACACGACGCUCUGUUCGUGGUGGGAGCUCUGGAGGAGGCCAUGGAGCUGAGGGGAAUGAGGUACCAUCCCAUCGACAUCGAGACCUCCGUCAUCCGCGCCCACAAGAGCAUCAUGGAGUGUGCGGUCUUCCCCUGGACCAACCUGCUGGUGGUGGUGGUGGAGCUGGAGGGCUCCGAGCAGGAAGCCCUGGACCUGGUUCCCAUGGUGACCAAGGCGGUGCUGGAGGAGCACUACCUGAUUGUGGGCGUCGUCGUGGUGACGGACAUCGGCGUCAUCCCCAUCAACUCCCGCGGCGAGAAACAGCGCAUGCACCUCCGCGACGGCUUCUUACAAGACCAGCUAGACCCCAUCUACGUGGCCUACAACAUGUAGCCUGACAGUGUGUGUGUGUGUGUGUGUGUGUGUGAGAGAGAGAGAGAGCAAGCAUGCGUUUGUAUGCUGUGCAUAUCGCCGUUGUUGUUCAUUUAUUUCCCAAAAUCAAGAUGUACUGUAUUUUUGAACCUGCAUAUGGUGUGGUCUUAAAUUGUCCGUUUUCUUUAAAGUCGUGUUGUGCCGGUUGGUUGAUUGGCUGACUGACUGAUUGAUUGAUUGAUUGAUUGAUUGAUUGAUUGCUCAGUGGUGGAAUGAUCAUUUUUACACCCCCGUUCAAUCUCGUGACCGUUACCAGGAGCUCGUCACUGUAGAAAGCCUUAGGGGAACACUGUGCACGUGGCGACAGCUCCGGUCGUCACACCACGUGUCGUUUUUCGGAGGUUUUAGGAGGCAAAAGUAGAGAGAGAGAGAAAAAUACUAGAGAGUGUAUCUGUCAUCAUGUUUUACUGGUCGAAUCAAAAAAAUCCCAGAUUUGUGGUAUUAUUUCAAUUAGAACAGGGGCAGCCAGAUUAUUGUAAAAAUAUAAAUAUUGUACAUAGACAUAAUAAUCUAUAUGGAGAGGUACCUAAAACACGAUGAGGUAUAGUAGCCCCUAUAUGCAGCUCUCUCCACCUGCACCCUGUGUGUGUGUGUGUGUGUGUGUGUGUGUGUGUGUGUGUGUGUGUGUGUGUGUGUGUGUGUGUGUCUCUGUCUGUGAGUGUGUUCAUCUGUCUGUGUUAAUGUGUGACAGGGACAUUUUAAAUUGUUUUAAUGUGAUUCACACAACGGAUUUUAUCCUUAGACGAACAAAUAAAAACCUUUUUUUUUUUUUUUUUUGAGACUAGAAAAGUUUAAUCUGUUUAAACUGAAAACAUCCCAAAAAAACAAAACAACUAUAUGUGUUUUCAGUAUCCAAAGUGGCUCAGAAAAACAAACACAUUGAUUAAUCUUUUCUGAAUCUAGUUUAGUUUUGAAAGGACAAAAACAGCCUUUUCCUCGUGUGAAGUUCCUGACCACUGAACUAUUUUAAGGCAAAAAAAACACCACAAAUGUAAGUGCAAUGUCUAUCAAUAAAGUAGUUAAUUUAAAGCAAAAGUGCAGCAAAACUUUGAUUAUGAUUUUUCAUCAUACCAGUCAACCAAUCUUUCAGUUCCCUUGCUAAGUUACUUUCAGUGAAAUUCAAAGCAUCCUGUCGAGCGAAGUGCACUGUGUGAAUAUAAAAGAAAAAGAGGGAAUACUGUUAAUAUUUAAAGUGGGUUUGAGGGAAAAAUCAAAGGGAAGUGAAGACUCAACAGCCUUUAGUUUACUUGAUUUAAUCAGAGAGUGAAAAGGGAACCAGAUGUGACACUGUGGAGGAUAAAACACAGGUAAUAACUGCAGCAACAUCUGGAGGCUGUCAGGACAAAAGGGAACUGUGGACAACGUUUACAUGAAAAGGCUCAUAUUGUAGCAAUAAUGCCCAAAAGGACGUUCGUCACUGCAGGGAUUCAAGAUUCAAGUCAUCUAGAUUAGAACAUAAACGCCCACAUUCCUUAGAUAUUUUCUUUUGGCCCAUAUUUUUAGCUGAGCAUCAGUUGUAUUAACCCUAAUUAUUUGUACCUUUGUACAGAAAGUAAUUACUUCUGUCGUCUCGUUUGGUUUAUCCGCCUCCAAAUGUCGUGUUUGCCUCUGAUUGUUGUAAGACUUUGACACAUUUGGAUGUUAGCUGCCGAACCGGUUGAUGAAUUAAAAGAAAGAUGAAAAGUGUGUCCCAGAAAAGCUGCGGGAUUGACUCUGUUUUGCAUUCGAGGAUCAGUCUGUGCUGUGAAUACAGAAAUUUAAAUGCUGUAAUAGUCAAACCAAACUUACCUUUUAAUUUUUUGUCAGUUUGUAACCGAGUUACUUAUUGAAAGGAUAAGUCAUUACGCUCUGAUUAUGAAUUGCAAUAAGCAUCUACAGCAUCACUUUGUGCCGUCGCUGAUCUAAAUAUUAAGUAUCUUCUCAGUGUUUGAUUCCUGAAAAUAAGAAGUUAUUGUUUUCUGUUAUCAGAUGAAUUAGAUCAAGCGGAAAGUCGACUUAAUAAGUUAUUAUUUGGCACAAACAUCAAAGAACUCGAGCAGCAGCUGAGCUCCUUUUAACAAGCAUUCAUGAUCUGAUGUUAACCUUUUAGCACUAGUCUUCUUGCAGGACGCUAACACUACAGUACGCAGACAGCUUUUGGUCACUGGUCAAAGAAGAAGUAUUCAACUGAAACCUUUGAAAUAUGACGUCUCAUAUCAUUGCAAAGGUCUCACGAUCACAAAUAGUCAAUUAGUUUUUAUUUAAAAGAGGAAAAGAGGGGAUGGUAUUUAAAUGCUUCACAAAUCUGUCUCAGCAGUAAAAUCUGCUUCAUUGCUGGAGUUAUUUAUCGGAAUAUUUAGGGUUUGACGCAUUAACAGGCUCACUGUGGGAGAAUAAAAAUGAUUUAAAAAAAAAAAAAACCAUCUAGCAACUGAAAUGUUUUUACCUCAUAGUUUGAAGUUGUGAUUCAUUUGAAGGGUCUGCGCAGAAAAAUCUCUGCAUCGUCUUCACACCAAACCUAAGCAAAAAAACUGCUUCUUUUGGGUUGUUGUAGACAGGAAACCUCAGUGAAGAACGUCCUAACAGUUACCACCUUAUGUGCACUGCCUCAAAAGUGAGGAUACAUAUGAUUACAGAUAAAUAUUUAACUAAAAUACAACUUAUCAAAUAUCAAUUUAUCCCCAAACUAGGUGUAGUAAUCCACACCUCUUGGCUAGCUAUGAAUUAUGGGAAUUAUCAGCACUGUUGGAAGUAUUUGUUUCAGACUCUGCAGGUUAUAUAGAAAACUUUUAUGCAGUGUCGACGUUAUUUAGAUUAAUUCAGCAUCGUUUGUUUUCAUCCCUGUGGAUAAAGUAUCCAAUGACAUCAUCUCAUCGUUCUUCUUCUUUGCUUCAUCGUCUUUUUUCAUCAGAAGAAAAAGAAAAACUUUAUGCAUAUCAGAAGUUGCUUAGCGCUUGUUUGGCUAACAUAGCAGUCUGGGUUUGUUGGUAGCAGCGUAGCGGUCAUCUUUCAGUCCCUGUGUGUGUGCGCGUGUGUGUGUGUGCGUGCGUGUGUGUGUGUGCGUGAGGUGGAGGAUGUUCGAUAAGAAGGAAAUCCCAUCAGAAACCCAGAGGACUCGUUUGUGUGUGUUCAGGGCUGGAUGGGAGAGAGACUACAUGGUGUGUGUGUUUGUGCGCAUGUGUGUGUGUGUGUUAGGUGUGUGUAUAUUGUAUGUAAAUAGUGUUGAUUUUGUACGGUACAAGUGUGUGUGACUUGUUUUGUACACAUGAUAAAAAGAUUAAAUGACACUUUUAUAAGAGCCUGCUAUUGGCUCACCGUCACACUAUACAGUGCAAUAAAGUGCUUCGAUUGGCUAAAA